CAAUGGAGAUAUGGGCAGGGUUCAACACCCAUUUUGCGGGGUAUAAAGCCGGUUUAUGAACAUGCUUAAUCAUUCUGUGCACAAAAUUAACUAUUUUUCUCAUCCACCGCCAUUGGACCGUGAUUUUUAUUAUAAGCAACUUAAUAAGACAUCAUCUCUUUCAAAAGUGCACAGACCAAAAAAAAAAAUGUCUUUUGAGGUGAAAAUGAACGGAGCGCAGAACAAUGGCAUGAACGGGAACGGUGUGCAUCACGUGAGUGUGCGGACUCGUGUGAGUGUGAACCCGGCCAAACUCAAGAGCCACAGGCAGAGAUGGAACGUCAGACCUUCAGAAAUGUCCAAAAAAACACUCAAUCCCAUCCGAGCCAUAGUGGACGGAAUGAAACUCACUCCCAACACCGAGAAACCCAUGAUUGCUCUAUCCAUUGGUGACCCCACGGUGUUUGGGAACUUGCCAACAGAUGACAUCGUUUUACAGGCAGUGAAGGAGGCCAUAGACUCACACAAAUACAAUGGCUAUGCUCCCUCAGUAGGUUACCAAAAAAGCAGAGAAGCUGUUGCGGACUUUUUCAGCCGUCCAGAUGCUCCACUGGAAGGCAAAGAUGUGAUCUUAACCAGUGGCUGUAGCCAAGCUAUAGAGCUUGCCAUCAGUGUGUUGUGUAACCCAGGAGACAAUAUCUUAAUUCCACGUCCUGGAUUCUCCCUCUAUAAGACGCUGGCAGUGUCUAUGGGCAUCCAAGUCAAGCACUACAAUCUGCUGCCGGAGAAGUCCUGGGAGAUUGAUCUUCAGCACCUGGAGAGUCUGAUCGAUGACAAAACAGCCUGUCUGAUUGUCAAUAACCCAUCCAAUCCGUGCGGUUCUGUGUUCACCAAAGAACACCAGCAUAAGAUUCUUGAAGUGGCAUCAAGAAACUGUAUCCCAGUCCUUGCUGAUGAGAUCUACGGAGACAUGGUAUUUCCGGGCUGUGAUUUUCAGUCUUUGGCACCGCUCAGCAGUGACGUGCCCAUCCUGUCUUGUGGUGGUCUUGCCAAGCGCUGGUUGGUUCCUGGCUGGAGAAUGGGCUGGAUCCUCAUCCAUGAUCGUAAUGACAUAUUUGGGACCGGAAUUCGAGAGGGUCUUGUAAAACUAAGCCAACGCAUUUUGGGACCCUGUACUUUGGUUCAGGGUGCAUUAGAAACCAUUUUGAAAGACACGCCACCCGAGUUCUACCAAGGCACCAUCAGUUUCCUAAAGUCAAACUCAGAGAUAUGUUUCUCAGAGUUGUCAACUGUUCCUGGACUGAAUCCAGUGAUGCCAUCAGGAGCCAUGUACAUUAUGGUAGGGAUCGAGAUGGAACACUUCCCAGAUUUCCAGAAUGAUGUGGAGUUCACUGAACGGCUGGUCACUGAACAGUCUGUGUUCUGUUUGCCCGCUACGGCAUUUGAAUAUCCAAACUUCUUCCGAAUUGUAGUAACAGUCCCGGAGGAGAUGAUGAUUGAGGCAUGCGUUCGGAUCAGAGAAUUCUGUGCACGUCACUAUCGACCUCGGAGCCAAGACAGCCACGAAUUGGAUCAGUGAAAGAACCAGACAGAGAAAGAAAGCUUAAAGGAGGAAAUAAAAGAUCGAAGGGCAGAGCAAAGUGGUGUAUGAAGCUGAAGAAUGAAUGAAAGUGUUUUAAGAGAGGACACAGUUAUGUGCAUUACAUUUGACAUGCUUUCCCCUGUCAAAAAACCCACAGUUCUAUGAAAACAUCAUAUUUAUAUUUUAUAUGUACUAUGGCUAGUAUUUUAUAGGGAAGGGAUGGGAGGGUAAGUGGUUUGGGGGUUAUUGAAUGAAUAUGCACUUUUUUCAUUAUUGUAAAAUAUUGUAGCUUGUUUUUGUCUGUAACAGACAUUGUGGGAAGUUUGGGGAGACCUGUUACCAAACCAUAAAGCCAUUUAAUGUGUAACCUGCAUGAUUUGAAGUAUUUUUCCUAUAUCUGACGGUUUAAGAAUGGAAUAUUUUGUAGUGCAAUUUGCAUGUUCAACCACUUGGCAUAUAUAUACACACACACACACACAUAUAUAAAGUUUUUGUUUUCAGUCCUUACACCUCAAAAGUUAUUUAAAUAAAGUAAUUUCUCAAUGUGUCCAAAGUUUAUUAUUAUUAUUAUAUUGGAUCAUAGGCUCUCUCCUAAAAUUAAUUGUAUCAGAACCCCACCCCCAACACACAAUUAUGUAACACAUAAUAAGACAUGCCUUUUCAGCUUGCAAGAGUUCAGAGAAGUCAUUUUGAAUAAGGUUACAAGAGAUAAAACAUUUAUAAUAAAUACAGAAAUAUUCCAUAAAAUGUGUGUGUGUGAUUGUGUGUGUGUGUGUGGGGGGGGGGGGGGGUUCUGAAGAUACAACUAAUUUAAUUUAAUUUACACUUUGUCACAGACGUGUACAUUUUAGCAAAAAGAGUCUAAAUCCUAUUUAACCUGGCUUUAUUCCUGGGUAAAUAUCAUGUUCAUACAUGCAAAUGGAAAAAAUGUAAGCCGUCUUAAAAUAAAUAAAUAAAUACCUGUUAAUUUA